GGCGGGACGCGCCCAGGUUGUUGCUGCUGCUGCUGCUGCCGGGACGCGGCGGGAGCGGCGGCGGCGAGCCAGGACCCGGCCCGGCCAUGGACGAGCAAGCGGGGCCCGGCGUCUUCUUCAGCAACAACAACAACAAUAACGCCCUCCUUCUGCCGCCGCCGGCGGGCGGGCCGGGGCUGGAGCCGGGCGAGGCGGCAGCAGCGGCGGCCGCGGCGGCAGCAGCAGGAGGCGGCGGCGGUGGAGGGGGAGUCUCAGCCUCCGGAGCCGCCGCGCCGCUCUCGGCGUCCCGGGCUCAAUACAGCGUGCCGGGCAUCCUGCAUUUCCUGCAGCACGAGUGGGGCCGCUUCGAGGCGGAGCGCGCCGAGUGGGAGGCGGAGCGGGCGGAGCUGCAGGCCCAGAUUGCCUUUCUUCAAGGUGAAAGGAAAGGACAGGAGAAUUUGAAGAAGGAUCUAGUGCGGAGAAUCAAAAUGCUGGAAUACGCGCUCAAACAGGAAAGGGCUAAAUACCAUAAAUUAAAAUACGGCACAGAACUGAAUCAGGGAGAUAUGAAGCCACCGAACUAUGAUUCUGAUGAAGGGAAUGAGACAGAGAUUCAGCCACAACAGAACAGUCAGCUAAUAUGGAAACAAGGACGACAGCUGUUAAGACAGUAUCUACAAGAAGUGGGCUACACCGACACGAUAUUGGAUGUGAAAUCAAAACGAGUGCGAGCUUUAUUGGGCCUCUCAAGUGAUGCUUCAGAAAAAGAGAACAGAAAUCAAGAGCCAAUGGUAAAUGGCACAGAGGGCCAGAUUAAAGAAAACGCAAUGAUCGGGAAACCUGAAUUGACUGACUCUGCCUCUCUGCUAGAGACCUUCAAGUUUCUUGAAAAUGCAGCUGCAGAUUUCAGUGAUGAGGAAGAUGAAGAAGAUAUUGAAGGAAGAGAGAAAACAAUCAUUGAUACUGCAACAAUUGUAAGGAAAAGAGUGUUAUCUGAUAGCAGUGAAGACAGAGAUACAGAAGAAGCUUUGAAAGAGUUUGACUUUUUGGCUACCUCAGAUGAUGGUGAUGGGGAAUCAAGAAGUUCGGGAGAUGGAACAGACUGGGAAAAGGAAGACCAGUGUCUCAUGCCUGAAGCCUGGAAUGUCGACCAGGGAGUUAUAACCAAACUCAAGGAACAAUACAAAAAGGAGCGCAAGGGGAAAAAGGGGGUGAAGAGAAAAACUACCGAAGAUAUGUUUCAGCCUCAAUCCUAUAUAAAACAGUCAAAACAGGGAUGUGGGAAAAUGAUGGAGCAAAGCACAGGGCCCAACAGGUCAAAGCUGCAAGAUAUGCUUGCAAACUUGAGAGAUGUUGAUGAUCUCCCUUCAUUACAACCAUCUGUUGCACCUUCUUCUAGGCCCAGUAGCUCAAGGCUCAUUGAACAUGAGAUAAACAGGACGGAUGAAGUGGAAGCUUUAACAUUCCCUCCGUCCUCAGGGAAAUCGUUCAUUAUGGGAACAGAUGAAGCCCUUGAAAAUGAACUGGGUCUUGGAGAACUGGCAGGCCUUACUGUAGCAAAUGAGGCAGAUUCGCUGACUUAUGAUAUAGCCAACAAUAAGGAUGCAUUGAGAAAGACUUGGAACCCCAAAUUUACGUUAAGAAGUCACUUUGAUGGAAUAAGAGGUCUCGCUUUUCAUCCGGUUGAACCAGUCUUAAUAACAGCUUCAGAGGACCAUACAUUAAAAAUGUGGAAUUUACAAAAAACAGCCCCAGCAAAAAAGAGUGCUUCUCUUGAUGUCGAGCCAAUAUAUACCUUCCGAGCACAUAAUGGACCAGUGCUCUGUGUGGUGAUGAGCAGUAAUGGUGAACAGUGCUACAGUGGGGGAACGGAUGGCCUCAUCCAUGGCUGGAACACGACCAACCCAAACAUCGACCCCUAUGACUCUUACGAUCCUUCUGUUCUAAGAGGUGCUUUUGUAGGCCAUACUGAUGCAGUGUGGGGUCUGGUUUACAGUGGAGCUCACCAGCGUCUGCUAUCCUGUUCAGCAGACGGCACUAUACGUUUAUGGAAAGCUACAGAAAUUGCUCCAGCUCUCAAUAUAUUUAAUGAUAAUCAAGAAAUGGGAAUCCCUUCAUCAGUAGACCUUGUGAGCAGUGACCCAAGCCUCAUGGUAGCAUCAUUUAACAGUGGACACACUAGCAUUUUUAACAUGGAGACACGGCAACGAAUUCUUACCCUGGAGUCCAGUAUGGAUACUACAGUCAGUUCUUCCUGUCAGAUAAACAGAGUCAUCAGCCAUCCAACUCUUCCAAUUAGUAUCACUGCUCAUGAAGACAGACACAUCAAAUUCUACGACAACAAUACAGGAAAACUGAUCCACUCCAUGGUAGCUCACUUAGAUGCAGUUACAAGUUUAGCUGUUGAUCCUAAUGGCUUGUAUUUGAUGUCUGGCAGCCACGACUGCUCGAUUCGCUUGUGGAAUCUUGAAAGCAAGACCUGCAUCCAAGAAUUUACCGCUCAUCGCAAAAAAUUUGAUGAGUCCAUUCAUGAUGUGGCAUUCCACCCAUCCAAAUGUUAUAUUGCCAGUGCAGGAGCAGAUGCCCUGGCUAAAGUGUUUGUAUGACGGAGUGCUUCCCAUUCAACUUUAGCUUUGUAUAUAUUUAACCAGCUGCACAAAAGAGAAGAGGAGGGCAUGAGUUGUUUUAUCUUGCCCUGUAAUUCAGAGAAUGUUUGUAAGUGUUUAGUUUUGCAGGGUGCUGUUUUCUAAAUUGACGUUUGUUCUGGUUUCUGUGAGCUCAGCUGGUGCUGAGAGCUUGGAAUCUCUCAGUUUCAAAUAGGUGAGGAAAAAAAAAAAAAAAAAAAAAAAAAAGCUUUUAUUUAGAGGGUGUGAAUUUUCGUCCAGGCAGGCCUUGGGUGAAACUAGGUCUACGUAUUCUCUAUUAAUAAAAUGGAGUACUGGAAAGAAGGGGUCUAAUUGCAUCAGGGAGUAGGAAAAGAGGGAAACUUCCUAGGAUGCUUCUCAUUCUCAAAUCACCUGGAAAAAGUGAUUCAAAGUCAGUUCACAUGCUCAUUACUGUAUCAUGUGAGAGGCACUUUGUCAUCCCUUUGGUAUGAAUAAAGUAGAUCUUGUUCAGAGAGCAGUAGUGGAUAGUUAAUCUCAGCCACCUGGCUGCUAGCCUAAGAUAAAUGCAAUUAAAGGAAGGCAAAUUACUAACAUAAAUUCAAAUGCAGUAAUAUUUCUGUUACAUCUUCUGUGUUUCUCGGUAAAUAUUUAGUUUGCAAAAAAAUUUAUAUAAUUUUUUUUUAGACUGUAUUAGCGUGUGGCUAGAAACUGAGCCUUUAGUCUAAAUCCCAAUUAACAACAGACUGAUGCAGUCUGUAUAUACUGUAGUAGCAAAUUUAACUUAUUCAGAUUUUAAUGCUGUUUAUUCUUGGAGAUCUGGCACAAGAAAUUAUCACAAAGCUUUCCAAAGAAGCUGUCCUACAAUUUUAGCUGUCAAACAUUCAUCUCUUUCUGUUCCUGCUAAAAAGGGUAUCUAUUCUGGGCAUUAAGGAUAACAGUGAAAUACUUCGUUCGAAGAUUAAAUCUGAUGCUUUGUAUGAGUCCUUUUAGUGGAAUAGGUGGGAACUAUACAAAGCUCCAUCACUUGGAGAGAUUCUGCUACUGUUAGAGAUAUUUCCCAGCUGCACCAUUUGAGGGACUUGUCCAUUUCACCAGGCGUAUGUGCCAUUGAUUGGGUUACCUGAAGAAUUACUUCUCGUAAUUACUCCACAGAUGUGCUUUGUUUAUCUAUUCAGAGCUUCUCUGUUGAUUUGACAAAUAACUUUUAAUCCAAUCUAUUAUUCCUUUUACCCUUCUUAAAGGAAGGCAAGUUGAUUCUUCUCUGUUAUGUGUCGUCAUCAGAAUUAUUACUAUUCAUAAGCACGAAGUUGGUGUUUUUCUCUGAUGGGAAUGGAAAGCAGAAUUAAUGCUAGAGUUGAUUUCUGGCGCUGAUAUGAGUAGGAAAGAACCCAGUGCAGCUCUCCAUAUACCAGCCUGAGGUUAAGACUGGAAACUGAUAAAUAAAUCUUUACCUUUAAACUGACACUUGGUAAGCAGGAGUCAUUGAAAGUUAUCAACAUAAGGUUUGACUAUGUUGUUUUUAGAGUGCCAUUUGGGGAUGGGACCACAUCUGAAGUUGAUCUCAGAGUUUAAACUAAGUAUAUUAUUUAGAAUAAAAGGUUGACCUGUGCUGUUUGAUCCUGCAACACAUUAUAUGUACUGCUAAAAUAUCCUGGAAUACCUUUUAUUGCUCAGAAUAUUCACAUGUCACUUCAUGAUAGUUGGUAUGCAAUAUAUUUCCUUAGAUAAUAUUAGAACGUUUACCAUCAGUUUUAUAGAUGACUACAAUAAUAAUAAUACAGAUGAUUUAGUUUUUAUAAAUUUUUUUGGUUAUGAUGAAAAGGAGGAAACUUGGCUGCAAAACUGAGCAUUCAACUUUGUGAGAGUUCUGUGUACUUGACUCAUAUUCUUUCAGUGUCAUUAUUUUAUUUCUUUUUGAAGAGAAAAUUACAAAGAUUUAUUUGAAAAAUUCUAAAAGUUAUGUAUAUUCUAUAUGUGUAUAUAUAUUGUAAACAUGUAUUAAAUGUGUCUAGUAAGGGAAGACUCCAUGGGUGCAUUUUAAUGUUUUAGUAUUAAGAGUUCUUUUGAGUUUGUGUAUACAAAGGAUGAUGGUUGUGAGUAUGAAAUGAAUGUUGUGCUUUUGCUUACACAAUAUAGUAUGUAGUCACAGUUGUUUAAAUUGUUGUACAUAAAAACUAAUAGGCCAGCAUGCUUGUUUUUAAAGACUGUCAUUCUGAUUACAAUUGGAAUGUAAGAAGUGGCUGUUCAAAUGUGAAUUGAAAGAUGUUUCCUUCUCACUACUGAGCUCUUGCUCAAACCGAAAAGUGAUUUUUUUAAAAGCUGGCAAUAGCUAGAGGAUGAGGUGCCUUUAAAAAACAAAACAAAACAAAUGUAGCCUUACAAAGAGGUUGUGGAAUAUAUAUAUUUUUGUGCUUGUCUUCAUAAUUGAUGUCAAUGUCUUUUUACUGUACUUGCUCACAUACUUGUAGGACUGCAGGGUAUUGUGCAUGAGCCUGUCAGAUCUUCUGAACAUCAUCAUAGGAGAUAGGGUUGAAAAAAUUAUUUAGGUUAUCUAGUCCAUCUGCUUGCUAAAGCAGGGUUGUAGACUUGUGUGUUCUAAUAUUGUCUUGGCCAGUGAGAUUUUAUGUGUUCUAAAACAAUUAGACUUCCUUUUAAAGAUUAUUUUAAGGAAUGCAUCUCACUGGCAGGAGGAUUUAUGUGGUAUUUAGUAGCUCUUUUUUGUAACUUCAUGCCAGUAUUCCAAACCAUGUUUUGUGCCAUUUUACAUAUUCUUCAUAGUCUUUGUAAUUUGGAACCUGCAUGUACACACUGGUUCCAUCUGUAUAUUUUCAUUCCUUUCUGCCUUCUUCAAGCUAUUUUUUUAGUCUGCUUUUUUUGCACAUUUCCUUGUUUUCAUUCUUUAAGCUCAAUUCUUCAAAUAUCAGUGUCCAUACCACCAUUCCACAUGCAUGAUUUGUUGGACUUAGUCUGAGGGUCAUCUUAAGUGUUAUUUGGUUGGGUUUAUCCUCUGUAAUGCAAUGCUUUUGUGUAGGAAGACCAAGCUUUUGAUGUCUGACAAACUUAAAUUGUAUUUCUUUAUGACAACUCCUUUAAAUAACAUUUGAGCAUUGCUGCUUUUCAAAUUUCUUCUUCACUUUUAGUAUGUUAUGAUUCUUUUGCAGCUAGAGGCUUAAAUCCUGUUUCAUGAUUAUCCUGGGUCUUACUUUGAACUUCUGACCUCUGAGGGCACUAAAUUAUUUUUAUUUGUUCCCCUUUUAUGUGCAGUUCUUCUUGGUUCAGUGUAAUUAGUAACUUUCAUUUAGUGUGAUACAUAUGUUUACUGAAAGUGUAAACAAAACUGAACCCAAAGCUUAUUCUUGGAAAAAACCCAUUUUUCUGCAAUAUCAGUAUAUAGCAUUUUACCAUUUCUAUUUUUCCUGUAUCUAAUUUAUAUGGUAAUUUUUUAAUGGUUAGCUCAUAUAAUUUUUUUGUGUAUGUUAGCCUGUGCUAAUGAUUUUGAUUUUACUAACUAAUUUAAUGGGAUAAUUUUCAGUCCUUCUGUAUGUUGAAAGUUGGUCCACUAGGUUUAAAUACCCACUUUUAAUUACUUCACUGGACUGUUUGCUGUCACGUAUUUGAUUCAGUUACCAAAAUGCUUGCACAGAAUGAUUCGGAGUAGCUUGGAAGAAGUUCUAGAUAUAUUGUGUUAGUCUUAGAAAAUCCUAGUGUCUGCAUUUAUUUUUGGGCCUAAGAGAGAAAACUUCCACAUAAAAGAUUCACUGCUUUCAUCUCAUUCAUCUUUAUUUUGAUAAAAUAUGUUCUUUAGAAAGAAGGCUGUAGAACUAUAGGCCAUAUACUGUAGGCUUAUUUUUUAGGACAUGUAUUUUCAAAUAAUGUUAUGUUAAAGCAGUCCCAUGUAAUUUGGGUGCAAGCUUGGUAAGUGUGUGGUGUUCACCAUACAACUUUGUGAUUAGGUCAUACAACACUGUUUUUCGGUUGUGAAUUUAAACUAACCAGAGACUUGUUCUUUUGAGUAAAUGUGUGAGAGAUAAAGAACUUAGUUACACCACUUUUUCGGUACAUUUGUUGGAUCACAGAUGUGUCCUCUUCCCCUGCCUCCUUAGGUUUCAACAGUGUAAUUUUGGGGAACAGCAAUUUCUGUAAAUUCUGAAAUGUAAUUUCUCAUGUGUUCUUUGAGCAGUGUUCGAUGGGCAGAAGUGUGGAAACAAACAGUUGAAAAGCAGGCAUAACUAUCAGAUAAUCAAGUUUUGAUUUUAUUAAUGCCUUUCCAGAUGUGUAUUUGGAAACAUUUGCAGGCUGUGGCUUGGCAGUGUGUUUACAGACCGCACCGGGUAUCCAAGAGCUUACUUGGUGCCUGUGUGAAGUACCUAGUCAACCUGAGUUGCAUUACGGAAGAAAACGCAGCCAUUGUGGUUGUCCUGUGCUGAAAUUUGUGGCUGUUUAGUGGAAGUUGGUUUGGACUACACUGUUAGAAAUCAAAAUACUAUAACCUCUCCCAUGUUGUUAAUUGGUUUGUAUAAAAUGCGGCAAUCUUUGACAUGGCAAUAUGAGUUUUCUUGGGUAGCUGCUAUUCAUGAGCAUCAUAGAGAUGCUUGGCAUAGUUGUUAGUAUUGAGUGACUGAGAGGAUGAAAAGAUUUCCCUAAAAAAAUGCUCAGAUGUUUCAGGAAGCUCCCUUUUUUCCAUAAAGGCAUGAAGGUGUUGAGAAUAUUUCACCUAAAACUGAUAAUAUGUUUAGUUGAAGAGAGCUACAAUAGGUGAACAGUUUUGACUCUUUGAUCAUCAGUGUCUUUAAGCUUAGAGACAGUUAUGGAAUCUAUUUGCCUGUAAACUACCACUGAAAGCCUCUGUCAUGUUCCUACUGAGCAGUAGAGAAACUGAUGGACAGCAGUGUCGAUCCAUUCAGUUGUGUCAGGGGUAUUUUACAAAAAAACAACCCCUAUUGUAAAAGAUAGUGUUAACUACAGCAGAGCAAAUGAACAAACUCCUGGAAGAGGGAGGAGUGGAGAAGGACCAGGAUGACUCUUGUGUAAAUAGUCCUUGUUUGGGUACAUGUUCUUGUUUAGCUGGUGGGAAUGUUCCCAGGAGGGAGAAUGAUUGGCAAUGUGACCUUUAAAAAAAUGUCUGUGCCUGUGCUAAUGAACAUACCUGUGCAGGUUAUCUGUUCUUUUGGUAUGUGCUUUUUACCUUCCCACUUAAAUUUUCCUUUAGGAUAUGUUUUCUCAGAGUCUUAAAAUCUCAUCUGCAAUGAGCUCUUACUGCAGGAUAAAUUUCAUAAAGGAUUCCUGAUUUUCCUCUUGAAGUGUUUUUUUGAAGGGUGGUAGAGUUUCAGCUUCAGCUGCACCCCUCUCACCACCAAAAGGCUGAUUUGUACCACCUUACACCCAGUUCAUUUAAUUCUAGUGUGUUAUCUCUUAGCCUGCCUUCUGACUUGGUUUUGCUGCUCUAUAGUUCAGUUGUGAAAGCCUAUGAAUUGCUAUAUCAUUUAAGAUAUUUCUGAGAAUCUGCAUUCUGCUACAGAAGGCAUAAAUCCAGUUGAAUAGUAUAACGUGUGGAUCUCGUCUGGUUUGUUGUCCGAAGAGACUUCUUGUUAGAUUACGAAAUCCAAACUAUGGCUGAGCUAAAAAGGCAUUUAAUGAUAUUAUAUUCUUCUUAGCCCAACUUCUUCCUGCUUAAGUAUAGAUUGUGGUAUUGCGUGUUAGACUAAUUUUGCCCUGCUCAUACUGCCAAGCCAUGCUGUGAUCCUGAGAGAUCACACCAGUAUUUAAACCAUGCCCUGUGCGUGUGUUUCUAAGCUGCUCAAAGCCUUGUGUUGACAUGGUCCUCCAGGCCAGUCUUCUUCGAGUCUCUCAAGUUUGAAUUGCAGACUCCCAAAAUUGCUUUCUGGCUAUUUUGAGUAACCCUUGUCCUCACACCAGAGUAUUAGACUGUGGUGUUGAGAAAAGAUUUAUGUAUCAGGAUUUGUACUAUUAUGAAAGGGAAAGGAUAACUUACUGCCAAGCCAAAUAUUGUCAUUAUUUUUCAAUUACUUGUGAAAAGCAGCCAAAAACAUUGUAUAAGGGAUAAAUUAUGGACUUCAAGCUAAUAUUUUUCCAUUAAGAAUUUAUUUUUUUAUGCUUCCUGUCAUCAAGAUACAGUGCUUUCGAAUGUAGCUUGUUUUCAGAUGUAUGGCUCCUAGAAUUGUUUCCUUGCAGUUGGACAUUUGUAAUUGUGCAUCAGUUUUGAAAACUGUCUCAUAUGUGUUAGCUCUUCUUUUGGAAAUGCAAACUGAGCAUGUUAACUAAUGAUUUCUUGUACCAUUAUAGUCUUAAGCAGACUGAAAAGCAGUUUUGUGCUAUGUUUUCCUUGAAUAGUGCAUCUGAAAAAACUUGUAGAAGGAACUCCCAUGAUGAGAUGACUUUUGUUGCUGUAAGGUUCUCUGUUGACAUUUGUCAUUUUUGCAUUGUAUUUUGCAUAACUGUCUUCAGUUGACUGCCAGGUUAAAAAAGACAAAUUUCUUUGCCAUAUGGACUAUAGCUUGGAUUUUUUUUUUUUGUCGUUUUUGCUUAUAUUAAUACACUUUCUUCUUUUCUACUAGAAUUUAGUGAUACCUGGCAGCUCUCUUUAGGAGAAGUUACUACAGGUGAUAACCACUAACACGUUACUAAUUACAGUGGCUUCCCUUCUGUUUUGGGUCACUUCCAUGGCAGAUUGUUGAUAUGAAAAGGCUACUGUGGCUGAUAUAUGAACAGCUAAAGGAUAUUAAGAUUCACCUUCAGAACUAUCCUGAGGUUAUGAUUUUAUACACCAGUUUUGAAUGACUACUUUGAAACAAUGUUGGGCUUAAGUGUCUUGCAGAAUUUUGGAUCCAAAUGAGAAAUACCUACUUGUUGAGUAAUAGUCUGCUUGUCAAUUUUUUGUGUAUGGCUCAGUACGAGGCUGUGUCAGAAUUGCAGUACCACCAAAAUUACCUUGUUUAAAUGCAACUGUUGUACAAAAGUGAAUGUUAUUUUGAGUGAGGAAUUCUGGUUUCUAAUUUAUGAAGGAAAUAGUUUUCUUGGGAGUAAGCAUCCAUAAAUGUAAUAUAUUUCAUGAUUUUAAAAAGGCUUAUUAAUCAUGGGACGUGAGAAAAAUGAAAGUGAUUCAUUCUCCAAAGAUUUGUUAAGUGUUUAUUAUUACAAGUAUAAAUUUUUGCUUUAAAUGGAAAUGCUUCUUCAAAAAUUUAGUAUUAAACUUCUUACUAAAACUCAGUAGUUUAAAAUGCUGGAUAAAUAUCUAAAACGGCAAAGAUAGAAAAUUCAGAGGGAGAUUAUUUUGAAAUAUGCCAGUGUCAUUUUGAGCUUCUCAAGUGUAGCCCUGAAUUUUCUCUUUUUCACUGCAAUUCAUAUUUUGUGAAACUUCUUGGAUAGGUUAUAUUUAAAGCUACAUUCACUUGCCUGAAUAAGUCAAAUAAAUAUUUUGUCAUUUAAAAUUAUAUAGAUCUGCUUAUGUUAGUGUGCCAUUUAAAAUGAGACCCCAUUGAGGUAACCAUGCAGGUAUUUGUGUUGGUAUGACAGUAGUGAAGUGGGGUAUCUGUGUACUGUACCCGCAUUCUGUGCUGAGCAAAAUCACACGGACUUCCAGAAAUAAGCAAUGGUUUUUAAGAGCAGCUUUAUUUAAUGUUGCAGCAGCAAGUGUCAUUUGUACCAUAUAAUUAUGUAAAUUGGGUGCUAAUAAAUACUAUUUUUCAACAUUU